UUUCCAAAUUGUUCAAACAAAGUUCAAUGGGAGAAGAUAAUAGAAGGCGAUUUUGAAGCCCUAAUAAAUACGCCCAGUUCCUCAUCAUGUCCAUUAACCAAAACCACCUCCUCCGCCUUGUUCUUUCCUGCCGGAAAAUCACCGCCCAGGUCACCAAUCCAGCCACCUCCUCCAUCAUCGCCAUGGCUUCUUCCUCCGAGCAGGAAUUCGUCGCCUAUUACCGCUCCAAACUCCACCGCUUUCCUCGAUCCAACAAUUUCUGGGAUUCCAAAGUCGCCUCUCGCGUCGGCGUAAAGCUUGGCCACCGUUUGAAGGAGAUCGGCGUCUCCGAUGUUCGGAUUGAUCUCGCUGAAGAGCUCUCCCGCCCUAUUUACUACCGGAAGAUGGUUCUGCCGCUCUUCGAUUCUGUUCAGCGCUCCGGCAUCGCCGUUGAUGGGGUUGAGAAGCUUGGAAAAGGUUCGAUCUAGCCUCGACUCUUAUUUUUUCCGAUCGGAGCUUGUACGUUUCGCGAUUGAGAUUGAAUUUAGGGCACAUAUAAUUGCUUAUCCUCCAUGUCGAUUUAUCAUACCAAUUUUGACUCAUUUUCGAUCUUUCUUUUGGAUUCAAAUUGUAAUAAUAUAAAUUGUUUUCAUAAUUAGUGAAAGAAAUAGAGAAGAGACCAAUUUCCCCUUUGGAA